AGUAAAUCUAAUUGUUUUUCUUUCUGACGCACGUUAGCCGCCUAUUUGGGCUUAUUAGCGUCUGCUCGCCAAACUCACGCCGCGGAUUCGCACCUGCGUUUGCUUUGAACUUCCGCGGGAGCCGCGAAUCCAUAAAGCGCCUGAGCGCCGCACCUGUUAUAAAAACGAGCGAAGCUCCCUCGGACGGCUUCAGGCUUUUUCCACGCUAUCAGGACGCCACGUCGGUAUGGAGAACGUGUCCGAGGACAUCGCCUACUUGGACACUGAAAUCGAAUUAGUAACUUCCACAAUCCUUUCCAGCUGGGACUGGAGGAGCCCGGACAAGUCUUUCGGUACUGAUGCAGACUCGCCCCUCUGCGCGUCUUCCGAUACCUCUUUCGACUCCACGUGUUCCUCCCCGGAGAUGCCACCAAGCUCCAGCGACCGGAGGAGCCUAGAUUUCCCCUAUCCUCAGAGGAAUAGCGGCGGCUACCAGGAGAAGCCCUCUAAGCCGAAAAUGUCCAUUAAGCGCCGCAUGAAGGCGAGCGAGCGGGAGAAGAUGCGGAUGCGAAGCCUGGCUGACGCGCUGCAUCAGCUGCGCGACUACUUACCCCCGGACUACAGUCAGAGGGGACAGCCCCUCACCAAAAUCCAGACUCUGAAAUACACAAUUCAGUACAUCAAUGAACUUUCCGACCUCCUGAAAGCUUCGUAAACAGUCCGUACCUUUUUUGAAAGACUGAUAUUUCACCGACGUUGGUGUGGAUUUGGUGUGCAAUGCUUCUAUUUGUUAAAAUUUCAUUUUAAUAUCCAUUUAAUGUUUUACAACGAGUGCCGAAAAUAGUUUUCAUUGAUUUUGUCAUGUGUUGUGUAUAUAGUACUAUGCUCUUGGCACUUGCAUGUCGAUUGAAGUUUUUUUUCAAGCGUGAUUAACCUAUAUUUUUACUACUAGCCUCAAUAAAAAUACCGUGGUGUGCUAA